CAGCAUCCUCCUUGAACCACAUCUCCAGCAGCCUGACGGGCUUGUUAACAAACUGCCUCCUGGGACACGCGGAGUUGUGAAUGGGCGGACAGGGGGGCGGGCACAGCCGAACAGCUGCAGCUCUCCUGCUGCUGGAGAGGUAGCGCGCAGAGAAAAGCGCAGUCCGAUGGGGCUCGCAGCAGCGAUUUAGCGCACCUCGCACAUCUGAAAACACACACACUGCCUCGCUUUCUUCACACACACAACUUUUUCAGAUUUUACUAAGGAGUUUUGCCAACAGCGAGGAGUGGGAAAACAACUCCAAAACUAAAUGGACAGGAUGGACGCCUCGCAGCUGUUUAUUCUGCUGCUGCUCUCCGGAUAUCUACCCAAAGUGUUAUCGCUGCAGAUGUGUGACGUGGUGAAUGAGAUCGAGCUGGAGAAAGAGCGCUGCGAGAAUAGCACCUUUGGGAACAUCACUUCAGGUUGCCAAGGCAUGUGGGACAUCAUCGCCUGUUGGCCAUCAGCCAGCGUUGGAGAGGUGGUUACGAUAACCUGCCCCACUUACUUCAGUUACUUCAGUGACCAGCACAGAGGUAACCUCUCCAAGACCUGCACGGCAGACGGUUGGACCGAGAUGCAUCCAUUAGACAUCGCCGUGAACUGUGGAUACAAUCUCAACAGCACUAGCGAUGAUGGCAAGUUUUUCUGGCAAGUGAAGAUUGGCUACACCAUUGGUCACAGCGUCUCCCUCAUAUCUCUUACCACAGCUAUUGUGAUCCUCUGCAUCUUCAGAAAGCUGCACUGCACAAGGAACUACAUCCACAUGCAUCUAUUUGUGUCAUUCAUCCUGAAGGCCAUCGCUGUGUUCAUCAAGGAUGUUGUCCUCUACGAGGUCGGGGAGGUGGACAACUGCUCCUCAGGCUCUGUUGGCUGCAAGGUAGUGAUUGUGUUCUUCCAGUACUGUAUAAUGGCCAGUUUCUUCUGGCUGCUGGUGGAAGGCCUUUAUCUCCACGCAUUGUUGGCCGUCUCUUUCUUCUCCGAGAGGAAGUACUUUUGGGCUUACAUCCUUAUCGGCUGGGGAGGUCCAACGGUUUUCAUCACAGCUUGGAGCAUUGCUAAAGCCUACUAUAAUGAUGUGGGGUGCUGGGAUAUAAUUGAGAACACUGAUGUGUCCUGGUGGAUCAUUAAAACCCCUAUUUUGGCGUCAAUCCUGAUGAACUUUAUUCUGUUCAUUUGCAUCAUACGAAUACUUCGACAGAAAAUCAACUGCCCAGAUAUUGGAAGAAAUGAGUCCAACCAGUACUCGAGACUGGCAAAAUCCACUCUGCUUUUGAUUCCUUUGUUUGGGAUCAACUUCAUUGUGUUUGCAUUCAUCCCAGAACAAGUGAAGACUGAACUGCGGCUAGUUUUCGACUUGAUCUUGGGGUCAUUUCAGGGCUUUGUUGUUGCAGUCCUUUACUGUUUCCUCAAUGGAGAGGUUCAAGGAGAGAUCAAGAGGAAGUGGCGGAGGUGGCACCUGCAGAGAUACAUGGGCUCUGACACCAAAUACCAACAUCCGUCUAUUGGCAGCAGCAACAACUUCAGCACUCAGAUCACCAUGUUGACUCGAUGCAGCCCGAAAACACGCAGAGACUCAUCCACCUGUCACGAUGACCUGUCUAGCAUAUGACUCACGCAAACUGUGAUACAGGCGUACGUGCUGUACAAAAACACUCUCAUGCCAAACAUUAGGCGGGAAAAUCACAGUGUAUGUGAGCUCGGGGAUAAAAAAAAAAAUCACUCUGCGUUAGUGUGAUGUGGGGCGAAGGAAAGUGAUGAGAGAACACGGUGUGACUGUAAUCAACUAACUAUUUUUUUUGUUUAAAGUAAGUUUAGGUGACAGAGACACGAGCGCUUUUCUUCACAAGCACAGCUUUUGCACAUUUAAAUGGGAACCAUUCAUUUUUUUUUUUGUCUUUCACGAUUCAGCGCACAUGUACAGGUGAAUUUGUGGGUUAUAUCAUUAUUGAUCAUUUGGUCAAUUGUUAUUAAGUUCUUUGUGUGCUCAGACACCCGGUAAUGCAAAGUGUCACAUAUUAACGGGGUUAGGUGAAGGAUCCAAAUGUGAACUGCAGCAGCAGACCCGCAAUCUGAUGUAAUUAUGUGCUGAUUAAAAAUCACUUAGUGGAUUCCUGCAGCUCCAAAUGAACGAGGCUGGUGCAAAAACACAGCCGACAGAAGGAAAUGAGCUGUUUUUUCUAAGCAGGAAAUCCCAUUAUUUAUAUUGUUACAGCGUGUGAAGUGCCAUCACAGGCAAAUAAAUGUACCAGAAAUGCAUUAAAGAAGUUUUUUUUUGUUUUCUUUGAGCGCUGGAUGUGAGUGGUGAUGGAAAAUGUGUUUUUAAGGCAGAGAAAAAUUUCAAAAGAACAAAACAGUGUGCAACAUUUUGUUUUUUCCUCACUGUGCAGGAACAGAAAAAGAAAAAAAACAACUGGCUGAUAACCAGCAGCAAACUUUAGAUUCAGACUGGGUGACCAGUGUGAUACUGAUUCACAAUGAUGGGUCUGGAGUACAAAUGCCCUUCUCUGCACUAUCACUCUCAUGAGAGACUGAUUGCCCUUCGCCUUCCCUUUUACAACCUUCCCUCUCUUUUCCUUUAAUUCUGAGCCUGAAUUUUAUUUUUAUUUUUUUUUACUAUUUGAGGAACUCUAGAGGCAGUUUUGCUCCGAUCUCUGAUGAGUGCCUGGUUUCAGUGUUUUGAAGCGACACUUUCAAUCAAAUCUUUUCGCUUGCAGUCGUGCUGCACAGCAACUCUGGAGAGGAAAUGCCUUUAAGCAGUUCAGUCCUUGAAUGUUUACAUUUACUUGAAUGGAGUCAUUUGACAAUGUACAGUGCAAGUAUACAGUGUAAAGAAAAUGGAUUGCUAUGUAUUGUUGUGCCAUACAGAUUGUAUCGUGGCUACAAUGUCAGUAAUGUAUCACUGUAAUUGUUGUUCGUUCACAUUAUUGCAACAUGCGUGAUUUAGUCUCGCCAAGAACGCAGAAUUCUCUCAUACAAGCUUGUUUAUGUAGCGCUCUGUGGGUCAGUGUUGAGCAUAAGUCCUCAGACGUAUACAGAGACGCUUCCGCUGUGAUGCUUUGGUAGACUGACUGGAGCUUGAACUCCUAAAUCCUCCAUUUUGAAAUAUUAUGUUCUGAAUUCUCCGUCGACGUGUCAGGUUCAAACUUCUCCACUGGAGGAGUUGUGAAUGUGACAAGUCAGUUGGAGGCGGUAUGUAAAGCAAAACAAGGUGACAAGGAUGACUGGCCCUGUCACAAUGAUCCUAUCAUCAUACUUUUCAGCUUACGACGUUAAGACUUGAAAGUCACUUGCAUGUCCAUGCAAGAGGAAACAUCCAGAAGGUCCAGCUUCAACCACCACUGAUUUAAAGCAUCAGCAUAGAACACAAAAAAAAUCUGACAGUAAAGGCCUUUGUAUGGAGUGUUUUUAGUGAAUGCAUAGUGCUACAUCUUGGGAAUUGCGAACAUUCAUACCACUCACAUUUGUCCAUUCCAAGACUAGAAGCUAGGGGGAGCCGAUAACAGCUCUGCUCAAAAAUACCAAAAUCCACCUGUCAGCGUCUCACUAAUUAAUAUUUUAUAUCUGUUUCUUGUUGUCAUCACUGUGAGGUUCACAGGGAGCCAGCUGAGAUUUAGGGAUGCUUACUGCUCCUGCACAAAAAAAAUAAUAAUCCAGUACAUAACUUCUCCUCCGCACUUUUUCCCCCACAAAUGUAUCAAAUAUCAAAUUUCUUUUCCAUUGACUAACUGUUUCUCCACAGUCUUUGUCCUGAGGCUAAGCGAACAGCUACUGUAGCAUCAUGUUUAGCAUACAGAUAUCAUCUAUAAAUGUCAAACUAUUCCCUUAAAGACUUAUUAUUAUCCCCGGCUUCUGUUGUCAAUAAUUGUAAUUGUGUGAAGUUGCCAAUGUACCUCUCAUAAUAGUGAAUGUCAAUGGAUUUGUACAUACUGACGAAACAAACUGAGUUUUCAAAUCCAGUCACAACUGUUGCUAUAGGUAUUUAGUGUUUUUGACAACCUGGCAUGGCUGUUUUGUAUUCAGUGAGAUAAUAUUUGAAAAAGUGAUAUUGAACCAAUGAUGACUCUGUGCACUUAUAGUAAGUAUUCAGUAUUGGACUAUGUGUAAUAUAGAUUUGUUCAUUUGCAAACUGGAUAUUGUGUUGUGUAUAUUUAAGAGUUUUGGUUUGUUGUUAUUGCAAUACUGUGUGACACUGGUGCAAUGCAUACUAUUGUGAAGCUGCAAGUAUUUAUUAGCUUACGUUCACAUUUGUGUACACAUUUUUGUUUCACAAUAAUUGUUUUUUGGUCUAUGAUUAUUUUCAUUGUUAAAUGUGUUGAACAUUGUAUUUGACCAAUGAGGACUUUUGACCUUGU